AUGAUAUCUGAGAUAUAUGAUGGCCGUCUUGUUGGAAGUCGAAGGGAGAAUGGCUCUUGCGGGCCGGCUGUGUUCUUUUUGGGUAGCCUCUCUCCCCGGGGGGAGGAAGUUCGACGGGUUCAGAAACCAGGGAAAGUCGUUGGAUGCGAGGGAACAGAACCAGGUGCCACUGGCAAGGAGACGCCUCAAUGCAUAUCUCCAAACCGGAAAAGAGGCCUGAAAGAAACCUGGCAAGCAAGUAGAAGACCCAGCGCCGACUUCAGCGGUGCAGCGAGCACAUCUACCGGAGAAGGACUGACUGCGUCCAACGUCAAGGGAUGGCCUUCUUUCCUCUGCGUCUUCUCUCCCACGCCGUUACCGAAGCCUGGUCCUGUUGUAUGCGGAUAUGCGGUCUCGAUCGGUGUCUUCCGAGUUGGAUGCUUCGCUGCCAGAGCAAAGAAGAGAAGCAGACAGGCCAGGUGGAGCGAGGCCGGCCAGGGAUGCGAGGCAGGACGAGGGCUUGAACGGCGGGUAGCGGGAAGCGUAAAGCGUAAAAAACGGCUGCCAACUUGCUCCAGAGACCCUGCGAUCCCCUGCCCGGUGGCACAAGGGAUGGACGAGCAGCAGACGACGGCGAUGAGCAGCAGGCGGGCGGUUCGCUGGAGUCGAGGGCGUUUGGAAGACGUUCGAGGGCCGUUUGAGGGUUUGGAGUUUCGAAGAUUUUUUGCUUCUUUUUUUGCUUCGACCAACUUUUUUCCUUUUUUUCAGGCAAAGGGCGAAGGAGGACGUUGA